AUGGAGACUCCUCGUAGUAAACCAUCUCCACCACCACAAAGACUGACUAAAUCAUCAGUGACUAAAUCUGAUGGCAGUUCACCGUCUAGCACCCGUCUCUCACUAGACCGUUCCCCACAAUCUGCUAACUCCAAGCUUACUCCUGAUCGUCGGACUGCAAGAGUUCCUACUCCUCCCUCCGAGGCAAGUCAAAACCAAAAGUCUCAGUCACGGUUAGGGAAAGGACCUGAGCUACAGGCACAACUGAAACAGAUUCAGGAGGAUUUGAGGAAAGCUAAUGAGCAAAUAGCAGUGCUAAAGAAAGAUAAAGAUAAAGCUCUUGAGGAUCUUACCUGUUGUGAGAAACUAAACAAAGAAGCUAAUGAGAAACUUAAAGAAGCAUUGGCAGCUCAGGAGAGUGGUGCCGAGAUUGAAGCGGCGGUUCGAGAAAAGGAUAUCUCUUGGAAGAAAGAGGUUGAGUCUAUAAGAAGCCAGCAUGCUUUGGACAUCUCAGCUCUUCUCUCCACCACUGAAGAGCUCCACAGGGUUCAACAAGAGUUGGCCUUGACUGCUGACGCUAAAAACAAGGCGCUAAGUCACGCAGAGGAAGCUACCAAGAUUGCUGAGAUGCAGGCAGAGAAGGUGGAGAUUCUUUCUUCUGAGUUAAGCCAGUUAAAGGCAUUGGUUAGUUCUGAGGAACAAAGGAAGGCUGUUGAAGGCGAUGAAGUUGUGUCUAAACUGAAAUACGAGAUUGAGAUGUUGAGAAGGGAACUUGAGAAUGUUAGCGUCUUAGAGAAUAAGGUGAAGGGUCAAGAAGAGUCCAUUGAGCAGCUCCAUGUGGACCUCGAAGCUGCUAAAAUUGUUGAAUCUUGUGCUAAUGCCUUAGCAGCUGAGUUGAAGAACAAGGUUGAAGAACUUGAAAAACAAGCUGCAGAAUCAAAUAAGUUGAAGACAUCUGCUUCAGAGUCUUUAGACUCAGCUAAGAAGCAGCUGGGGGAAAAGAGUGAUGCGCUUCAUGAGGCAGAGUUGGACAAUGCUGCGUUGAAAGAAAGUAUUGAGUCCAUGGUGACGAAGAUUGCAAGGCAGGAAAAAGAUCUUGAGGAAUCUCAACGUCAGGUUUGCAAAGAAACUUCUAGGCUUGAAAAGCUUGUUGAGUCAGUCAAAUCUGACCUCGCAACUGCACAUGAAGAAAAGGCUAUGGCUUUGGAGAAUGAAAAGACUACAACAUUACAUAUCCAUAACCUAUUGAAUGAAAAGACGAAACUUGUGACAGAGUUGGAGAACUUUAAGAAGGAAGAAGAGGAAACCAAGAAAGCUAUGGAAAGCUUAAGUUUGGAGUUGCAGGAAGUAUCUGUGGAAGCAAGGGAAGCUAAGGAGAGGCUCUUGACAUGUCAAGCAGAGCUUGAACUUUGUGGAACUCAGAUUGAGAGUCUGAAGUUGGCUGCUAAAGAGACGAAUGAGAAGUAUGAGUGUAUGCUUGAAGAAGCAAGAAACGAAAUUGAUAGUUUGAAACUUAGUUUAGAAAAGACUCAAGAUGAGAUUGCCAGUUCGAAGACUGAGUGGGAACAGCGAGAACUUCAUUUUAUGGCUUGUGUGAAGAAAUCGGAAGAUGAAACGUUCUCUGUGCAGGGAGAACUUAGCAAGGUGGAGAGUUUGCUUAAUCUCAAGGAAAAUGAGGUGAAGGCAGCAAAAGAAGAAGAAGCCAAUACGAAAAGGAAUCUUAAGAAACUUGAGGAGGAGCUUAAGGAUAUGCAGGAAAGAGUUGGACAAGCGGAAGCUGAAAGUGUGGAACUUAAAGAAAGUUUGUUGGAGAAAGAAAACGAAGUAAAGAGCGCUGCUGCAGAGAAUAAAAAGCUCAGAGAAAUGGAGGUUGCUUCUCUCGCGAAAAUAGAUGAGUUGUCAAAGGUGAAUGAAAGCUUGGUAGAUAAAGAAACAAAACUGCAGAGCUUUAUACAAGAAGCUGAGGAGCUCAGAGGUAGGAAGAUUGAAGAGUUGUCAGCGGCGAAUGCUAGCUUGGCUGACAAAGAAGCCAAACUGUUGAGCAUUAUUCAAGAAGCGGAGGAGCUUAGAGGGAGGGAGCUUGAGUAUCUCAAGAAGAUUGAAGAGCUGUCAGCAGUCAAUGUGAGUUUGGUUGACAAAGAAACUAAACUGUUGAGCAUUGUUCAAGAAGCUGAAGAGCUUAGAGGGAGAGAGGUUGAUUACCUCAAGAAGAUUGAAGAAUUGUCAGAGGCGAAUGUGAGCUUGCUUGACAAAGAAACCAAACUGUUGAGCAUUGUUCAAGAAGCUGAGGAGCUCAGAGGGAGGGAGCUUGAUUAUCUCAAAAAGAUUGAAGAGUUGUCGACAGCGAAUGUGAGUUUGGUUGACAAAGAAACCAAACUGUUGAGCAUUGUUCAAGAAGCAGAUGAACUCAAAGGUAGGGAGCUUGAUUAUCUCAAGAGGAUUGAAGAGUUGUCAGCGGUGAAAGCGAGCUUAGUUGACAAAGAAACCAAACUGCAGAGCAUUGUUCAAGAAGCUGAGGAGCUCAGAGGGAGGGAGCUUGAUUAUCUCAAGAAGAUUGAAGAGUUAUCAGCAGCCAAGGUGAGCUUAGUUGACAAAGAAACCAAACUGUUGAGCAUUGUUCAAGAAGCUGAGGAGCUUAAAAGAACAGAGAUUGCUUGUCUCAAGAAGAUUGAAGAGUUGUCAGCAGUGAACGAGAGAUUGGCUGACAAAGAAACCAAACUGCAGAACACCAUUCAAGAAAUUGCAGUGCUCAAAGAAAAGGAGGCUGUUUACAUCAAGAAGAUCGAAGAGUUGUCAUUGCCAAAUGAGCUAUUAGCUGAGAAAGAAGCCAAACUACAGUCCGCUGUUCAGGAAAAUGAAGAGUUAAAAGAAAGGGAGUCUUCUCACAGUAAGAAGCUUGAAGAGUUGUCAAAAGUAUCUGAAAACGUUGCUGCUAGAGAAAUCAAGCUUCAUAUUACCACUCAAGAAAAUGAAGAGCUUAGAGAAAGAGAGGCUGCAUAUCUCAAGAAGAUCGAAGAGUUAGCAAAGCUGCAAGAGAGUCUUCUUGAUAAAGAAACUGAGCUUGAUGGUAUGGUUCGUGAGAUUGAGGAUCUUAAAGCCAAGGACUCUCUAUCCCAAAAGAAGAUUGAAGAGCUAUCAAAUCUAAACAAAAGCUUGCUCGUGAAAGAGAGCGAGUUACACAAUGUUGUUUGCGAAAACGAAGAGCUCAAAUCCAAAGAGGCUUCAUCGCUCAAGGCAAUAGAGGAGUUGUCUGAUCUUAAACAAAGUUUGGUUGAUAAAGAAAAUGAGCUGAAGACUGCCAUUGUCGAGAAUGAGACGCUCAAGGCCAAUGCUGCAUCAUUAGUUCAGAAGAUUGAAGAGUUGACAAACCUUAAACAGAGUUUACUUGAUAAAGAGAACGAGUUGCUGGUUGUUUUCCAUGAGAACGAGGAGCUCAAAGCCAAAGAGGAAACAUCUGUAAAGAAGAUUGAUGAGUUGCUACAUCUCGAGCAGAGUUGGCUUGAGAAGGAAAACGAAUUCCAAAGAAUUCAUCAAGAAAAUCAAGAGCUUAGGGUUCAGGAAGCUUCAGCUGCAAAGAAGAUAGAGGAGUUGUCAAAGUUGAAAGAGAGCUUGCUUGACAAAGAAGCCGAGUUGCAAGCUGUAAUACAUGAUAACGUUGAGCUGAAGGCCAGGGAGGCUUCCGCGCUUGAGAAGAUCGAAGAGUCAUCAAAGUUGCUAGAAAAAGCAUCUUCCACGCAAGAGAAACCAGAUGAAAACGGCAAACACAGUGCAGGAGAACAAAAGGUACAAGAAAGUCCAGCUGAAGCCGUUGAUAACCAUUUGAAUGGUGACACACCAAUCCAUUUGCUAGCUCACAAAAAUGAAGGAGAAAAGGAGAAAGACUCCAUGGAAGGGGGAUCGAAGACGUGGGAAGGCUACCAUAUAGAAAAGAGAGAAGCUUCUUCAGAGAGAGAGUCAGAUCAUGAGUUUGCUGAAGAGGAAGAGGAAUCAAAAGCAGAAGGCAGUGAGAACUUUGAUCAGUUAAGCAAUGGCUUGUCCUCAGCUGAACACAUUGAACAUUCUGGAAGUCUGCACGCAAAGGAAUUAGAGCAGAAAAAGAAGAAACCUCUGCUCCGGAAGUUUGGAAACUUACUGAAGAAGAAGAGUACAAGCAGCAGUAGCAAUAAAUAGAGGGAAGAUGAGAUGGAUACUGUUAUCAUUUCUAUUGCAACUGAACAUAUUUUCUUGGUUGAUUUGUCUUAAGUCUUUGAAGAGUAUAGCCUCUAAAUUCAAUUUAAGGUGUUUGAUAGAACUCUGGUUUCUUUCUUGAGAUCUCAUUAGAUUUUGUAUCUCCUCCUUAUCUCUUUUCAAAUAACUCACAGAUAUGGGUAUUUAACAACAAAAGGCAGCCUUGUGGAGA